AUGAAAUGGGACGGCAUGAGACGGGACGGCAUGACAUGGAGUGUUGAGAUUACCAGAACACUACAGAGGGCUGCUGUUGUGUGUGUGAUCAUCCUGCCGAUAUUAUAUUUGGUGAUAGUCUAUUACCGUCCCGAAGAGCUAAGACGAGAGGUUCCCACCAUACAAAAGAGCCGCCCCCUACCCCACAAUUCCAGCUUGUCACCCCAGAGUCAUCUUCCCCCACCUGGUCCAUGCACCUGUCCUGGCGGCUCAGUGCUGCUCAAAGAUCACAUCCCCAAGGAUCAGUAUGAGAAGGUGGCCAAACGCCGAGCGAAGGAGCUCCAACAACACAAAGCCAGGACUACAUCUGUAUUAUCGAGACUGCUGAUUGCUUUGCCAAACUCUCCUCUGCAGUAUCCUAUCCAGGGUUUUACAGUACGGCCUUUGACCACCACUCCCAUACCAGGUUUAGCACUGCAUGCGGAACAAAGAAGCAGCUACAAGGUGUCGUUGAAUGUGUCCAAAGGGGUCCUGACUAUGGAGAAUCUAGCUGAAGGUGUGAAGGUCCAAGGUGGUGGUGGGACCAGACUGAUUAUGGAGUCUAGCAGCCUGGUGAUCCUCAACGAUGCACUGGCUAAAGUGAUCUACACCAGCACUAUCUACCAUAUACACACUGGAGACCUCGCAUCCUUCCAGUUUGAAAACCAUGAAGCUGUGUUUCCCAUUACCAUCAAACAGCCUCAGCUGCCAGUGCUGCACGACAUGGGGACAGAUAUCAACUCUCACGUCACCAUCGCCACAAAGACAUUUCUGCGCUACCCGCAACUCAAGGUGUUGUUGAGUAGCAUCCGGAGUUUCUAUAGCAACAUAGAAGUCAUCAUUGCAGAUGACAGCUUUGAACCAGAGCACAUUACUGGAGAACACAUCCGGCAGUACUUCAUGCCUCCAGCACAGGGCUGGUUUGCUGGCAGGAAUCUGGCUGUCUCCCAGGUAACCACCAAGUACUUCCUGUGGGUGGACGAUGACUUUUUGUUCACGGAGAACACAAAGAUAGAGAAGCUGGUGGAGGUGAUGGAGGCGAUCCCAGAACUGGACGUGCUAGGUGGGACAGUACAAGGGAACCAGUUUUAUUUCUCUCUUCUCUAUGAGGAAGGAGAGGAAACGGAAGGAGGCUGCCUGUACAGGAAGUCUCAAGGGAAGUUCCAAUCACUUCCUGGUUACCCAAAAUGCUUUCUGGCCAGUGGGGUGGUCAACUUCUUCCUGGCUCGCACAGAUGCCAUCCAGAGGGUGGGAUUUGACCCUAAGCUCCAAAGGGUAGCGCACUCAGAGUUCUUUAUGGAUGGCCUGGGCUCGUUGCUGGUCGCCACGUGUGACCAUGUGUCCAUUGACCAUCAGCCCAAAACAGGCAACAACAAGGACAAUGGUCGCUACGCCAGUUUUAGAAACCCUGGAAACAAUGACGUGGAGUUCAAACUGCAGCUUCACUUUUUCAAAAACCACCUAAAGUGUAUCAAAUAUGGAUAGAACACUACAAGAGGACAUUGGGUUACAUAUUUCCCUGCAGUUCAAAUAAAAAAGUAUAAAAGUUCUGAUUCUGAAUGGCAAAACCAGGUCUGAACAGUCUCUAAGUCUCCCUAUUUAUGAAUCUCCUUACAAUGUUGCCCCCUCUGGGAUAGAGAGAGACUCUUUAAAUACCAAUAAACCAGAGAAUUGGUGCUUAAAGUUAAAUGCAGGGCCUAUAUGAAUGCAAUUUUAAGUUAAGUUUUUAAUUAGAAAUCUUUUUUUUCCUCUCUUUAUUUUCCAAAAUGUC